CCCCUGGUGCACAGAUGGUUUGGCCGGCGGCGUGUGACCUUGCUGUUGCUGCGUCUGUGUGUGCUGCUGCUGCUGCGCCGCUUUUGGAGAAAUGAACCCGGCACUGAGGCGGGCGGCUGCCACAUGGUUGCUGCCGGGCGUCCUCCAGCGUGCCUGCGGAGCAAUAAACGCUACUUGGUGUCAAGCCCUAUGUGUGAGUGCCCGGCUAUCUCAAAGUGUAACUGACAACAUCCGCAGUGACCAAGGAUCAUCAGAUGCCAGCCUGUUUCCACCGAUGCCUGACGAAUCCAACUUAUUACAGUGGGGUGGGCGGAAAUUUGAGGAUGUGCCAAUCGUCUAUAUAAAAGCAACAUAUAACAACACGCACAUCCAGGUCACACACCCUGAUAACAAGUUUAUAGCACGAACAUCCUGCGGUACAGAGGGCUUCCGAAAUUCGAAGAAGAACUCUUCUGUGGCCGCUCAGACAGCAGGCAUCUCUGCAGCAACUAAAGCCGCUAAUAAAGGCGUUUCGCACGUGAGGGUAAUUGUGAAAGGCUUAGGAACCGGAAGAUUGCAUGCCAUCAAAGGGUUAACCAUGGGAGGACUGGAAGUGAUAUCCAUUACAGACAACACUCCUGUCCCACACAAUGGCUGCCGUCCACGCAAAGCUCGCAGAUUGUAAACAAGAUUGCUGUGGCAAAGAUGAAGCAUACCCUGUGGAGAUUCCAACCAGACAUUCUCAAUAUACCGUAAUUUCCUCCAUAGGUGGUCACCCAAAUGGACUGCUCAGCGACGUGUGGGUUUUUUUUCUUUUCUUUUUGUACGGGCUGGCUAGUCAUAGCUCCAAGUGGAAGCAGGAGAAAUCCUAUUUUUGUCAAGGCAUCUUCUGUUUUUGCUUUUAAGACACUUGUAAUAAAAUGUCAGAAAAAUUUGCUUUAUCAGAAUGUCAGAAAAUAUCGGAGCUCACCUUUUGUGUAUUGCAAGCCUUUUUCAGUUCUCUAUUGUUCUGUGUCCUUGAAAAUUAUAUGGUAAUUUGUAUUCUCUUCAAAAGUUACACGCAAUAUAAAUCACUAUGUAGAACAUUGUUUUACAAACAAUAGGUGAUUCCUUGGCAACAUGCUACAGAGAAAUCAUUGUAAAUAGAACUUGCUAAGCUUCAAAGGUGAAAUCGCUAUUAAAUUUCAAAUGGUCAUUUUGACUAAUUUGCAUAA